AUGACAUACCUCCACACCUUGUAUCCCCGUAUAUACCAUGGCGACCCACCCGCCUUACAGUCCAAAGUCGACGUGAAUCCAACAUUAAUCGUCUCGUGGUGGUGUACAAUCUUUGCUCUGACUGCCAUCGGCAUCAGACUGUUUGGAAGAUGGAUUCGUACCGAGAAACUCUUCCUCGAGGACAAGAUAAUGUUUUACAGUACCAUUCCUCUGUUAAUUCGGAUGGGCUUGGUCCACGUUAUUCUUAUCUGGGGCACUAAUAAUACCGUCAUCCAAGGCCUGACCCCGACGGAGAUCCGACAUCGAGAAAUAGGAAGCAAACUCGUUCUGGCCGCUCGCAUCUUCUAUGCAGCCUACAUCUGGGUCGCAAAGUUUACUGUCCUCGAGUUUCUCAAACGACUGAUCGGUGCCUCCUGGGCCAAGUCCUACGAAGUCGGCCUGAGACUCAUCUAUGCCUUCCUAAUCAUCACCUACAUUGGUGUCGUAAUUGGCACCCUCACCGAAUGCCAACCCUUCACCCACUACUGGCAAGUCGUGCCAGAUCCUGGUCCCAGUUGUCGAGAGGGCUUGGUCCAGCUGAUUGUCAUGGGUGUCUGCGACAUGAUGACCGACGUUGUUCUCAUCGUCUAUCCCAUCCCGCUUGUCUGGCAAUCCUCAAUGCGAUUCCGGAAAAAGGUCUCACUCAUAGUCCUCUUCCUCCUCUCACUCAUCCUCAUCGCCAUCACGGCCUACCGAAUCCCAUCCACCAUUUCACGUCGAUCAUCCCAGCAAUUCCGAUCAUUACUUGCCUCCUUGGAAAUCUUGGCAGCCGCCGGCGUUUCCAAUGCCAUUGUCAUUGGAAGUUUCAUCCGCGACAAGGGUGUUAAGAAAGCCAAGUUCAGGGCCAGCUCGUUCAACGAUGACACAAGUUCCCUCGGUCGCCAGCCUACACGAACAAGAACCAGAUCAAUUACUCAUCAUCAUUGGGGCUCAGACGAAGACUUGGCCAGGAGUGUAGGCGUAUCACUACCUCCGACUCUACAACAUGGCGCCGCCGUCGACCACCUCCCUCGAUUGGCCGAAGUUGCCGUCCCCAACCACAACUCUGUUGAUCUCGAAGCUGGCGAUGCACACAAUCCCAGCUUCAAAUCCAAGUGGAAUUUUGCCGAAGCUUCGCGGAACCGAAGAAAAGGCUCGAUGGAUUCCAUCAGCAGCUCCUCCACCGAUAUAAAGUUGCGUGAGCUGAACACGCAAUUCCCAGAACCCACCAGCCCAGGCUAUGCUGAACCUGACACCCCCAGUAAGAUGGGCUUCUUCGAUGUGGGUGGCUUGGUGGAGAAAGGACUCGACUCUCCCAGUAUUCGAUCUCGUCAGACCUCGACCCACGAAUCUACAAGACGGCUCAGCCAAACACAAAACCACCCAGGCACACGAUCUGGUUCAAAAGCAUUCCUCAGUGAUAUUGGUGGCUUAUUGUCAAGACAUGUCCGAGAAGAAGACGAAAUCACAUCGGCCCCGAGAAAGAGAAGCUCUCCCUCAAGGUCCCCCAUGAGAUUGGGUGAUCAUAGGAAAGAUUCCAAAAAGGGCCGCUUACCAAGCCAUCAAGAAGAUGAAGAACCUAUCGUCCGACCUCAGGGCCCCGAUGAUUUGACGUUUACAGAUAUAGGGGGAUUAUUGAGAUGA